AGCGAUAAAAGCAGCCUUCUUAAGCUUGCCUUGAAUCAUACGAGACAACAGUUUUGCUGCCCAAUACAAUUUUAUCUUUAUAUGUCGAUGAGACUCGGUUUGCCAUUGCGCAAACACAGCUCUAUUUGCAAGUCAUUGAAGCAGUGUAAUAUUCGGUUACUUUUCAAGGUCCUAAUUUCGCAUUAUACCAAUAACCCCAGAAUACGGAGUAGACCUGAUCACCUAGCUUCGGCCGAUUUUCCAAUACCACGAAAUUUUGAUAACCUGAGAAGCUUCACUACAGCUAGGGUACUAAGAAUGGCGUCGGAUGAAGACUACAUGGCUUUUCUUGACAAGGCGAACCGAGACCCAAACGAGGGGUAUGUCAAAUCACAGAACUCCAGCAAACAAGAUUUCAAGGCUACGGAUGAUGGAGCACAAAUUCCAACUGCUAUCCAAGAAGCUACUGAGGAUAUCUUCUACGUGAGCGACGCCGAUGAGCCGUUUGUACCUGUAUAUCUAGCAUGGGACGAGAGCGGUAAAGGACUGCCAGAUGAAGGUGGGUUGCAUCGAUGCCCGCCUCUUUUCCUCACGUGUGUAGUAGCAGUGCUAACAAUGAUUGGUUUUAUAGAGGAAUUCGCAUCCUUGAUACGACAUCCCGAUCCGUCGAACGCACAGAUCGAGAUACAGGAUCCAGCCGAUUGGGAUACGCAGGGACAGUAUAAGGCAAUUCUGGACGCGGUACGGAAGGCGGGUAAGGGGAAUGAUGUGAGAGUGUAUCGUGUUGCGAAGGGAGGUGUGAAAGUCGAGUACUGGGUUAUUACGACGGAGGGAAAGGGCGCGAAUGCGAAAAUUGUUGGUGCGAAGGCAUUGGCGGUUGAGAGUUAAAUCGACGGGGUUUGAGUUUGGUCGAACAGGAUGAUUGACUGUUGAUGAUGGUGAUCAUAACUGGGCAGACGACUGAGAAAAGAUGGAUCUCGAUUCGUGAAUACCCCGCUACUUCUAUUCUACGUUGUUUUAUGUAAAUGGCGGAUUCGAAUUGGUUGGUGACACAAUGUGGGGUAACAAUACGUACAACUGGUACAACUGCAAGUGCCCCGCCUCAUUAACUCCGUCUUCGGAUAAAAAGUGCAUUUGUACUAAAUGGAAGUUAAUGUAAGGGACCAAAAUCCGAAUUACUUAAGCUUCCUCUUAAUUUAUUCUCUACCUAAUACUAAUACUGAGUCAACCUGCUUGCUCGGUAUAAAGAAUAGGAAGAAGUGAGGAGGAAACCUGAGGAUGCGGGAAGCCCUCUUACUUUUCUAUUCUUCUUCUUAUCUUUCUUAAUAGUCUGCCCA